GAGCCACCACUUCUGCCGAAAGCAAUGAUCAACAACAGGUUUCAAUAUGUUUAAUCUUUAUUCACUGAAAGUUUUUAGUGCAAUUUUUGGCCCCUACAAGCCAGUUUACUCCCUGUGAAAGCAAUGGUCUCGUGUAUAAGCCACACCCACGAUUUUUGGCCCGAAACUUAAGCAAACAGGUGUGGCUUAUACACAAGUCUUUACAGUAUACAUUUUGAAUAUAAAAACCGACGAAAUACCAGUUGAGCGUUUGCGCAAAAACAUGAUAUCUUCACACAUGAAAAUAACAUGUUAUCAUCCCAUGUGAAAAGAUCACCAUUGCUAUGGUUUUGUAAUAAAUGGCGACCUUUUGUAGCAAAAGUGAAAUGGUUUGCGAUUUCAUUGGUAUUGAUAUUAUAAUUAAAACACUACAUGGCCACUUGGAGGUAAGAAAUUUCUCUUCGACUGUUGAAAAAUUUCAUGAGUGAGCGCAGCGAACCACGUGAAACCAGGUGACCUGGAUGUAAAAAUGACGUAUUUUGAAGUGGGCCAAUUGCACUUUGACCCAAAUUAUUUUGAAUUUUACAAAAUUGUAUCAGUUAGCAAUUUCCGAGACCGUUCUCUGGAUCUUGUCUUUGACUGGGAGAGAUCUGGGUAAUGGAGACUAUUUUGGGGCUUGUCAAUACUCAUGGAAUCCCUGUGUAAUAUAACUCCUCUUCAGUGGGUCAUAUCGAGUCAUUACUAAAUAACCAAACUUAGGGUAUGGUAGAGGCUAUAUGUAAAUCAUAUGUUGUGAUUUCAAUUAGUCAAAAUGACCGACUUCACUCAACUGACAUGACGAUGUCUUUGUAGUGAUAUAAUUUCAAUGAUUUGUAUAAGCUACAUGACUGUAUUAAAUCUGCUGUUCGGCUUACCAGUUUUAAUUUUUUCUCUUUGAAGGUCUGUCAUCAUAUAGACCUCGUUAAUAUGAGCAAACUACCAGUUUUAGUCAAUGGCCAAACGUUUAAAUACAUUCUCACAGUGCAAGAUGUCUUUAGUCGCUUCUUGUGGCUACAUGCCCUUUCAAGUAAAGUUAGCAAAGAAGUUGCAUCAACUCUUGCAGACUUGUACAUGGAAGUUGGGCCACCUAAGGUGCUACAGGCAGACAACGGAGUGGAGUUCAAGAAAGCUGUAUGGAAACGUUGUGAAAAGCUUGCUGUGAAAAUAGUUAGAGGCUCACCUUACCAUCCUCAAUCUCAAGAUGACGAUGGAAAUGUGCUCCGUCAGAAGAAUCUUAGCGAAUGGGCUUUCAGAGAAGGGAAGAGAAUGAUGUUAGCUGGGGUAAGGUGAAGUUAAUUGUGUAAAAUACAGUGUAUGUAUUAAUACAGGGUGUCCAGCAGCAUUGUUGUUCUGAAAAAUUGGAAAACAAAAUAGGAGAAUCAAUACUACUGUGAUAAAUACAGCCUCCCAACACCCCAUCAGCUAUUCCAAUCCACUGCUUUAAUUCAUCAACAGUGAUACAAAUGUACAUGCAUGUAUGACAAUCUAAAAGUUUUUAUUCUUCUUAACUCUCAUUGUGAUAACAACAUCUGAUUAAUUAACAUAAGUUUACAUAAAGAGAAAAAGCUGAAGAGUAAGUUGGCAAUCAAUUGAAGGCUUUCCUGCAAAAAGGGCAUACAUACACUGUAGCAUUUUGGGCCGAUUUUUAUUUUUUGCAGGAUCGAGCUACUUUUUGGCAGACAGGCUUGUUU